AUGUUUUCCCUGUGCCGCCAGUGCGUCCAAGUAAAUAAUUCUGCCAGUGUUGUUGAUCCGGUCCAUGAUGACAUUCUAUAUAAAUCUUCAAAAUUUUUUGUUUCAGAGAGGCUUGGUGGUCUUUUGAAUCCUUUCCAGCGUCGCUGGUGUGCUAUAAAAGAUGGAAUACUAUAUUAUUUUGAAAGACCCACAGACAGAAGACAGAAAGGUGAGAUACCAUUAGCAGGAUAUAGAGUUAAUCCGGCACCCACGGCAACAAAAGACGUUAAUAAACGCGAUCUAUGCUUUGAGUUGACGUGUCCAGGAAGAAAAACGUAUCAGUUUAUGGCAUUAACACCGAAAGACGUUAAACAAUGGGUAGCAGCAAUUGAAAGAAAUAAUAAAAUGUCUCACAAUGCUAAUAGUUUGGAGAUUUCGACAGCAAAUGAAUUUCAGAGAGACUCGUCUACUUUGGGAUCCGUGGAGAGCGACGAGGAUAACAUUUACGAAAUGGUCGACGAGACGGGUAAUCAGACCAAAUUUCCAAAAGGAGCGAACGAUGCCGAAAACGAACCUCUGUACGUGGAGGGAGAAUCGUGCGAUCAAAACGAUCUGUAUACCGAUGCCGAAAGCACGACAAACGAAUGGGAAAAUUUUAAUCCCCAAGACUGGUAUGUCGGACUGUGGGACUGUAAAGGAGACGACAAAAACGAACUCGAUUUCUUGCGCGGAGAUCUUAUUCACAUAAUUAGCAAAGAGUACGAUUCCUGUGCCUGGUGGGUUGGUCUUUUGAAAGGCAAAGUUGGAUUAGUACCAAAAUCGUAUCUAAUGGAAGCUUAUGAAGCAAUCUAAUAUUUGAUGAUUUUUCCUAAGCCUUUAAGUUGCCUUUUCUGUAAAUUCUCUCUCUCUUUUUUUGUUAUUGUAUGAAUUUAAUUUUUAUAUUUAUUAUCAUUUUAUAAUCGGAUUAUUACUAUUACUAUAUAUUUUAAAUAAAACACACUUUCAAUAUAGAUUAUUUUAUCUGUAUGUAAUAUUACUUUUCUGUGCUCAACACUAAAGUUGGGAUGUGCAAGGACUUAACAAUAUCUGCUUCCUCCUAUUUUAUUAUAGAGCUUUCGGCAUGCAACAUCUGAAUAAUACUGUGGUGU